CUCCCUCUCGAUGUCCGUCAGAUCUAUCCACAAAUCGAGAAAACGAAAAAGCUUUCUGGCUAGGGUUUGUUCUCUACAACAUCUGUGUGUGAAUGGCGAGCCUCUGCACGGAAGGACGGGAGUCGAGAUUGGAGAAUCAAUCUCCGCCCGACAAAAGGCCUAGAAUCGAAUCCGGAGACGGUUGCAACAAAUCUGUUUGUGAAGGUGGAUCCGAUGACAAAAUACCUGAAUACGAUGAUGACGAUGACGAUAUGGAGAUGCCCGAAGACGUAUGUAAAGAGUAUGCUAGACAGGUUGAGGAGAGCGAGGGUUUUGAGGUCGAUGACUUCAGUCAGUACUCUAUGUUUAAUAUGGUUACACGUCUGGAAAUUAAUGACUAUUUUCGCAAUUUAGCCACUCCUUUCGCAGAGUUGGCGAUAAAGCAGUUCAACGAGAAAGAGAAUACGAAUUUUGUGUUUGUGAGGCUCUUGAUUCUAACCUCAAUGGUUGUCCGUGGUGUCGACUUGUAUAUUACCUUUGAGGCAAAGGAUGCUGAUGGUCAAAUUAAAACCUUCCAAGCUCUAGUGUUGUUAGCGCCCGGAAAAGAGGAAGACGAGUUGAAAUUUUGCAGGCUGAAACCCUCACACACCAAAAAUCAAGGUACUACUGAGAAUGAACAGGUUGGCAAGGCAUCACUUUGUUGCUGAUAUCUGUCAUCUCAGGUGACUGAAGACUGAAGAGUUGACAACUAUGGGUAUUAUUAUGCUAAUGGGACUGUAAAAAGGUGGUUUUAUUUGAAUGAAACAAAAGUCGGUAAAGGUUUUGAAACAACCAUAUGUAUGUUGCAAGUGCACUCGUCUAUUUGACAUAUCUUGUUAUGGUUUCAUUUGUGGAGUGGAACUAUUUAUGUUUGACCAUUAGCUUAUUUUUUUGUUGUGCUUGUUCUGAC